UACCAGUCUGGGGGAGGGGGUGUUCCUAGGCAGGCUGCACUUGGGGAGGGGCUGGUACACCUGUGCAAGACUGAAGGGGAGGAGCCGGUACACCUGUGCAAACCUGAAGGGGAGGAGCCGGUACACCUGUGCAAACCUGAAGGGGAGGAGCCGGUACACCUGUGCAAACCUGAAGGGGAGGAGCCGGCACACCUGUGCAAGACUGAAGGGGAGGAGCCGGUACAAGUGUCCAAGACUGAAGUGGGGGAGGAGCCGGUACACCUGUGCAAGACUGAAAGGGAGGAGCCGGUACACCUGUGCAAGAUUGAAGGGGAGGAGCCGGUACAAGUGUCCAUGACUGAAGGGGAGGAGCCAGUACAAGUGUCCGAAACUGAAGGG